AUGGCCGCUUUCUCUCCGGCUACCCUCACCCCAAAAACCACCACCACCACCUUACUCCGCCCUUCCUCCGCCGCUUGUUUCCGGUUUCCAACAGCUCUGAAAUUUGACCAAUCUGGCUCCUCAUCACAACACUCGAAGACCAAGUACGCACCUUAUGUUUUAUGCACCCUUACCAAACAUCCCACGACGUCAUCCGAUGAGCUCCAACCGGCCGAGUCCCUGCAGCCCAUAUCUGAACUCGAAAAUGCCUUCAAGUCCCUCUCUACCGAUGAAGACUUUCAGACGGAGCUUGCCGGGGUUUUGAAGGACUACGUGGGAAGAGAAACCCCACUUUAUUUUGCAGAAAGGCUUACGGACCACUACCGGCGGCGGCCCAAUGGAGAAGGGCCUCAUAUCUAUUUGAAGAGGGAAGAUCUAAACCACACCGGAGCCCACAAGAUCAACAACGCCGUGGGUCAAGUCCUGCUCGCCAAGAAACUGGGCAAGAAACGGAUCAUCGCGGAAACCGGUGCGGGUCAGCACGGCGUUGCCACCGCCACGGUUUGCGCCCGGUUUGGUUUGGAGUGUGUUGUCUACAUGGGUGCCAAAGAUAUGGAGAGACAAGCUCUCAAUGUCUCCAGGAUGCGAUUGCUCGGCGCCGAGGUAAGGCCAGUUUAUUCCGGCACGGCCACACUGAAGGAUGCAACUUCAGAAGCUACCCGGGAUUGGGUGACCAACGUGGAAUCGAGUCAUUUCAUCUUGGGUUCCGUGGCGGGGCCGCAUCCGUACCCGAUGAUGGUGAGAGAGUUCCAAGCCGUGAUUGGGAAAGAAACGAGGAAGCAGGCAUUGGAGAAAUGGGGUGGGAAACCGGAUGUUCUGGUUGCAUGUGUGGGCGGAGGUUCGAAUGCGAUGGGACUGUUUCAUGAGUUCGUGGAUGACAAGGAUGUCCGAUUGAUCGGGGUUGAGGCUGCCGGUUUUGGGCUGGACACCGGUAAGCACGCCGCAACUCUGACCAUGGGUGAGGUUGGGGUGUUGCAUGGAGCCAUUAGUUAUCUAUUGCAGGAUUCCGAUGGCCAGAUACUCGACCCUCAUUCCAUUAGUGCUGGCCUAGAUUACCCUGGAGUAGGACCUGAACACAGUUUCUUGAAAGAUACUGGACGUGCUGAAUAUUUUAGUGCUACUGAUGAGGAGGCUCUGGAAGCAUUUAAGAGAGUAUCGAGAUUGGAGGGAAUCAUCCCGGCGCUGGAAACAUCUCAUGCUCUGGCAUUUCUGGAGACACUGUGCCCGACCCUCCCUGAUGGAGCCAAAGUGGUUAUUAACUGCAGCGGCAGAGGUGACAAAGAUGUUCAAACCGCCAUCAAACAUCUCCAACACUAA